UAUUUAAGCACGUUGUGCUAAGAUAUAAAUAAAAUAUUAAUGCUAGGAAAAAUAAAUCAAAAACAAUUGAAGUUCUUUUAUUUGUGAUACGAGAAACCGUGAAGGAAAAUAUAAGAUUGUCAAACUAAUAUCGAGUAUAUUGUGAAGACAGAAAAUACAUUUUUGCAACAAAGUUGUGAAGGUGUGCUACGACCGCUUCCUCUGCGCAGUUGAUCGGCAAUAGUCUUCGAGCCAGGACAGCCGACGGUUGUGAAGAUGCUGGCCAAAACACUCGUUGUGUUCGCAGCUCUUUCUUUCGCCGCGGGAAAGCAAACAGCCGGCGAUGUAGUCCACCCUUGCGCGCUACGCGAUCACCACUGCAUCCGGGACAACUUAAAGGCGAACUCCCACUGCCAGCCCAAGGUCCGGGGUUCGCUUCCCGGCAAAUACACCAUCGGGCAGUGGCGGUUCGAGACGCCAUACUUCAACGCGUCGUAUAUAGACCAGGGUCUGAUUGUCAGGAAUCAUAAUAAGUGUUAUGUUUCGGAAUUCUUCUUCAACAAGAAGACGGAAGUAGCUGUCAUCGCCAUUGACUGCCCGAACAUCGACUUCGAGUCUGAUCGUCUGUUGCUACAACAUUACUCGCUCAAAGAGGAUACCACUUAUAACUACCACAUCAGGGGCACCUACCCUCUGAUCCGCCUGACGAUGAACGUGCCGAAAGCGCAUCGCCUGAACAUCUGCAACGGGUUCACAUUUGCCGACGUCACGGCUCUGCCCAUCUUCCACAUCAACCCUAACGACAAGCCAACAGCAAAGUUCCUGACCCCCGAUCUCUCCUACCUGAGUAUCUUCGAGCGAGAGACAUUCUUCUACCGCGCCAACUAUCUGCUCAGGGCGUAUGUCAACGCGUACAUCUGCGACUUUGGAUGCAACUAACUCUUUAGAUUGUUUUAGAUACCUGCAGUACUUUUUAGACUAGAAACUAGCAUACUUUAAAACUAUUUUCGUAUAAAGUUUACGGCAAAAUUCGAUUUUUAUACUUAAAAGGCUUUAAACAGACAAAAACGUUAAGCCUACAUUUGUAACUUUGGAUGCAUCUAACUUACAUUACAUAUGUAGUUAUUACCGAUUAUACCAUUUUUAAGUAUUUUUCAACAGUUGCCAUCAAAUAAAACGAGUUCUUUUAAGUAAAAUUAUUAACUAGUGUUUUAUAAUCAAAACCAUUGUCGCAGAAAUUUACAUUCCUUCUAAAUAAAGAAACUAAAACUUUA